UUGAAGGCCAAAGGGCCCGGCUCGAGGCCAUUCUCGGUUCGAGUUUUUCUUCGAGAUUGGACUCGGGACCUCUUCUUCGCUCUUCAUAAAGGCUGGAGUCCAUGCAUCUAUGGACAUUUGUCAGAGACAAUUCAUAACGUGAACGCACAUUGAAGAAUGAAGUCCAUGUUUCGCAAAUGUCCCAACGUCGUCAUCCUUUUCGUGGUUCUGUUCAGCUUGUACAAGAGUGAAGCUCAGCCUUUGACUGACAAUGACCUAGCUGUCCAUGGUCUCUUUGAGGAUGAAUCUCCAUCCGAAGAAGUGAAAAGAGCAGGAUUCGUGGGUAUGAGAGGCAAGAAAUGGCGCUCUGAAGAUGACCUCACACUUUCGCCCUCGUUGAACCACCUCGAUUCGGAUGAAUCGAAGGCCAUUCAGAUUCUGGAGUACCUCUUGGCCUCUUCCUCUGCGUCAGCGUCCCCUUCGAGCUCGUAUUGGCCUCAACCAUCCUUGAGCUCUGACAAACGUGGAAAUUCACGGGGAAUUGACCAACUCCAACGGCAUGGCCAUGAUGUCAAUAGCGACUUCUACAAACGGGCCACGUCCUCGGGCUUUGUGGGGAUGAGGGGUAAAAAAUCGAACGAAGAAGCCCCACUGGACGGAUAUCGCUUGCCUUCCAUCUAUCCGGAUAAACGAUCGGGAUUCGUCGGGAUGCGGGGCAAGAAGAUGCUCGAGUCCAAUUACUCGCCUUUUUGGCCGAUUUCCGCCGACCAUUUCAACAUGAUGAAAAUGAGAAGAGGCGGAAGCUCUGGCUUUGUGGGGAUGCGAGGCCGUCGAUAAUAACCAGUCAGCCCAAUUGAAAAAAAGCCCCUUUAAUUUUUUCUCUCUUCUUUCGAGCGUUGAAUUUAUCAGCCCAACAACGAGUCGCAUUAUCAACGAACAACGAUUAGAGCCACAACAGCAGCAACAAAAACAACGCAUUGGUGGAAGGCUUACCUACAAACAAUUGCAAAAAGACGAUGUUAGGCAACAUUUUGACACAACUAACCAGGAUUCGAGUUUAUUUGAGGUUUACAUAGUUAUCUGCCAAGUAAGAUGUAUUAGUACAAUAUGUUUAUGAAAUGACAAAAAUAUAAGAACACAGCUUCAUGAGUGGUUAAGAAUCGUUCUGUGUUGCUCCACGGCCAGUUCAUUGAUUAUGGUAUGUGUUUUCCCCCUUUCCCCUUUUACUAUUAUUCUUCAGUAGUGAUCUACCACAGUCGACACAUCACUUGUUUGCUAUCCAACCCUCUGAUUGCGCCGCUAUAAAUUACUGAUGAAAACGUGUCUUUGAAUAUCCUUUUACUUAUGAAUGUGAUCGGAGCCAUCAUCUGAAAUACAACCAUUAAGAACUACAUCCAACAAUAA